AUGUGUCAAAAUGGUUCAUAUUGAAGAGCACAUUCAUAGCAAGACCAGCAUGCAAAAAGAAAAAAAAUAUAUCUCAAAAUGGCUGACAACACCGACGACAUACUGCGUUUAACCUAUUAGCUAAGCCUGUCUUCAAGAGCCAAUGGUUUCUUGCAAGUUUUUGGUUAUGUGACGAAAAAAAAAAUUGAUUUUUUUCUGUGGAACAAUUUAACGAAAGAGUGAAAAGCAAAACGGUUUCCUAACCACAAAUUGUGCAACAAAAUUUUUUUUGUUUGAAGUGAAAACAAAACGCCGUCUAAAUUCAAUAUCUCUCCAUCAAAUUGAACGGGCUGUCGUGAGCCAGUGGAAAGAGAAAAAAAUUGUACGAUUUGAUAUAUAUACAUAUGAGCAGCGGUGCUUAAUCUCUUUUUUUUCUACCGACGUUUGGCUUUCGCAUUCGUUUUUCUUAUUCUCUCUUCUCUUGCCAUUCGGUUGGUGGUGCACCAAAAUUAAAUAGACAGUGUGUGUUGUGUUUGCGAUGAACGCAUCUAUCAUAUUUACAGUGAGUGAGUGUAUUUGACGACUCCAAGUGCCACAAAUACAUAAGCGGUAUAAAUAAAAAAAAAAUUACUAAUUUGACCAAAUUAUCAUACGGAUUAUUUCGGUUUUUCAAAAAUUAAGAAGAAAACAAAAUAGACCCCACAUAAAAUUGCAAUUACAAAAAUAAAAUCGAAUAAAAAAAAAUGACGCAUUCACAUUGACGUUAUAAUUUAAAAUUAAGAAAUUUGAACGUUCAAGCAAAAAAAAAAAAAAACAAAACAAAACAAAAAAACACAAAUCUUCCCAAUGGAUCCUGAGUAUGGAAUAACCUGGGCUGAGGGGGUGGAACAUGAGCAUGGCCACCAAAUAAUAUGCGAAUCCCGUUCGGAUGAUUUAAUCGAAGAAAACAAUGACAUCGAAGAGGAUGAAGAGUAUUUGGUUGGCGAAGAGAUAAUACCGUCAACGGAAAUUAUCACCAUAUCCAACAGUUUGGAUCAAAUAGCGGCCGAAAAUUUGAUCUACAUGGCACAGGAUGGCAGUGUUGCAAAUAUGGGUGAUUUAAUAGAAGAGCACGUCGAUCAGGUCGACAAUGCCGACUACAAUGAACAACAGUAUUUCGAGUGUCAUGUCACCGAGGAGGUGAUCACCGACGAUUGGGUACAGCAACAAGGCGAAGACAGAGUUGAGGUGCCGGUGUAUCAAUUGGUGGGAAAUGAACAAAGCGAGGAGGUGAUGGUGCCACUUCCAACUGACGAGUACACGACAUCACGUCCGUAUCCGUGUGAUUUUUGUAGUCGUCGCUUCCGCAAAAAGGCCAAUCUUAUGAAUCACAUGGUCGCGCAUAAGAAUGUGAAGCCGCAUAUUUGCAAUUUGUGUGGAGCUCGUUACAUACGAAAAAUGGAAUUGAUGAAUCACUUGAAAGUGCACGCUCAGGUGCCGGAUUCAAAUUUGGAAUACAUGGGCCAUAAUGAUGGUAAAAGUGCCGAUGAGCAAGACGAUGACGAAGAAUCGCUAUUGACCGUAAUGCACACGAGUGAACCGGGCAAACAACGACGUCGAGCGGCGCAGGCAAAUAUAAGUGUAGCAAGAAAAGUGAUUCGAACCGUUGAAAGUGGUAAAAAGAUACCACCACAAAAGAAACGAUACAACGAAAGUGCCGACACAUCCACCAACUAUGAAACAAUUUUGCCCGAUCAAAUACCGGUGACGGAUCCGAGCCGACCAUUUGUCUGUCAAGUGUGUGGUGUUAGUUUUAGCCGAGAAAAAGCCUUAAAUGCUCAUGUAUCGCUGCACGGUGUCGACAAUGCAAUCGAAUGUGAUACGUGCAAUGAAUUGUUCUGGUCAGCGGAAUCGUUACAAGAGCACCAGAAAAUUCAUGAGGUCGAUGAUGAGAGCAGCGGUUCGGAGUAUGAACCGGACGGUGAUAAAACAGCUAGUGAUGAUGAUUUCGAUCAAAAAUAUGGCAAUUACUAUUGUAACAUUUGUGGUAUGGCGUUCCAUCGACCCGAAUUACUCAAACGACAUGCCAAAGAACAUAAAAACGACUACGAAUCGAAUCGAAAUGACAGUGCCAAUGAGAAUCACUGCUGCAACGUGUGCGGCAGCACAUUUGCCGAAGCAUUGGAUCUACUCGCCCAUGCUGAAAUUCAUACCAGGGCUUCAGUACAAAAGUGCACAUUGUGUGGCGAAUCAUUCGCACAUGACAAUGAAAUUCGACAACAUAUUGCGACCGCACAUGAAAAGGAGCUUACAUCGACGACAUGCCGCAUGUGCGGCAAACACUGUAAAGACGAACGCACGCUGAUGAAACAUGCCUGGGACCAUUCCAAAGAGAAAAACCAUUCCUGUUUGAAGUGUGGCAAAACAUUUUACAACAAAGCACGGCUCAAGCGUCACAUGCAAUCGCAUCGCAAUAAAUCGGUCUCUUGUAAUGUGUGCGGUGAAAGUUUCCCCGAUGGUCGUACUCUAAUGAACCAUCGACAUUCGCAUACAAAUUUAUCGGGACGACAGUUUCCAUGCCGUGAAUGUGGUAAAACAUUUGGAUCGCGUAGCUCACAACAGAUUCAUAUGCGAAUACAUACCGGUGAACGACCUUAUGGCUGUCGAUUUUGUUGGAAGGCAUUUGCCGAUGGUGGCACUCUGCGCAAACAUGAACGUAUCCAUACAGGUGAAAAACCAUAUGCUUGCCCCGUAUGUCCGAGAGCGUUUAAUCAACGCGUUGUACUGCGUGAACAUAUUCGUUCACAUCACUCGCAGCCCGAUCCAAACUAUGAAGACUCACUGAUGCCAUACUAUUGCACGGUUUGCGGGAACCUUUUCAAAACGUCACAGGAAAUUAUACAACAUUUGAUUGAACACAGUGAUGCGAAUACCGUAUCAAACCGACAGCCAGUUGUUGGACCGCGAAAAUACAAACGGCGACGUAAGUUGAAGCCAGAAGAAUUGGAAUCGUUCCGUAAAUCGAAAAAUGAUACGACUCCCGGAAAAUCCACAUCAAAGCGAACGUCUCGCAAACGAGAUGUAUCCGAACAAAGUGAUACAUAUUAUAGUUCAUCGUAUGAGCACCAAGAGGAUGUGAACUAUGAAUCGAGUCGAAAUGACAAUGAAAUGGAGAAUAUUGAAGUGGACGAGCCCAUAAUUCAGCGAAUACAAAGUGUUGGAACGCGCGUUAAGCAUGAAUCAGUUGAUGACACAACCGAUCCACUCUACACCGCCGACUAUCUCGAAACAACACCAAGACGAAAAUCACCCACAAAAAGACAAUUGGCGGCACAGUCACUGGAUGUUGCAUCACCAUCAUCACCAUUGCAUUCGUCGUCCACACAACGUCAGGCCCGGUUGAUACAUACCAGCAAAAAGAAAGUGUUGAUCGAAACAAAGGGCGGACGAACGGCAACCAAAGUAAAAACAAUCGUAACAACAAAUGAAAUAAAGAAAGUGACGCCUGACGUGGAUAACGGUGGAACACGGCGAUCGAGUCGAGCGAAACCGCAAACAAUAAAGAAAGUAGAAAUGAUGCAAUCGCCAUCGCCAUCGCCAUCCCGAUCACUGACCAACGGAACACCACGAUCGGCUAAAUCGCAAGCUGCGAUCAGUUCAAAUUCAAAGUUUCAGAACAAUUUAAUCGCCGAACUGUCGAAGAAGAGUUCGAAUUUUAGUCCGGAUGUUGUGAGCGAUUUGGAAGAGAUUUUAGGUUCACCAAUUAAAACCACACGUGAAAGUCGCAGUGAUCAAGUAUCUCGAACGCAAACCAAAUCGUACAAUUUGAAUGCAAAAGUCAGUGGAAUGGUGCGUGUCGAUUACAAAUCGCAAACGGAUGAUGAAGCAAAACCACUCGCGACUCGUUCAAGUAAACGGCUGAGUAAUCGUGUUCAACCGAUGCCAAAUGCUCUGACCAAAUCGUCAAAAACCACCACUAGAACGGUGAAAAAAUCAUCGGUCGCAUUCAAUGCUGGCGUCGGUCUAUCAAGCGAAGAGAGUCAAGAGAGUCAAGAUGAGCCCGACGACAAUUUACAAUUAUCAAACAAUUUACCAGACAAUAUCGUGUUGAAUAUCAAGCAGGAGAAAGAGGUUUCAUACACAAUGACAGACGAAAAUAAUGGGUUCUCAUGUGAUAUGUGUUCAGCCGUAUUCAGCGAUCGAGCACAAUUGCUUGUACAUGUUCCUGUACAUAUUUAAAAUAUAGGCCUAUUUUCAUUUGUUGCGUUUUUUUUUCUGUUCAUUUCGCAACACUGCUGCAGUCGAGCUGCACACAAACCACAUUUCGAAUUUUCGUCGUUGUCUUUUUUUUUCAAACCAUGUUCAACAUACAUCAUCUAAGAUAUUCCCAUUUUUUAUACCCGAAUUUCUUCUUUUUUUGGUACAACAAACGGUAUACUAUGCUCUCAACAUGUAAAUGGAUUAAAACAAAUCCAUUAAAGUUAAUUUUUUCCCCACUUUUCUCUUACUUCUUUCCGAAAUUUCAGUUACAUUUUAGCAUAGGCAUUACUAUCUUUUUUUUUGUUAAAAUAGAAUUUAACCAUAAUGAAACACAACAUAAUUUACAUUAUUAGAAUUAUUACGGUAUGCUUAGAUUUCUUUUUUUACAAAUAAAAUUAGACCAACGUUUUUUUUUUGUAAUUUCCUUGAUCAAAAUAAUAAAGAAAAUAAAUUGAUUCUUUGUUUGAA